AUGAGAGUCAAACUUGAGAGGGUGCACCACGACUUAGAAGUGAUGCUUGAAAGCAUUAUAGAAGAACAUAAAGCUAGUAAUGCAAAUACGAAGAACAUCAAUGAUGUAACAGAUGAUCUAGUUGAUGUUCUUUUGCAUCUCCAGGAUCACAGAGUAGCUGUAUAUAAGGAAGAGAGGGAUGUAGAUCAAGAACUCAAUUCAUCUUCUCUAUUCAAUAUACAUGAUUUCAUUAUCUUCUCACUAGAUACUCAACACGGAGGCCUUGAUUUUCCCUUGACAAUUGACAAUAUCAAAGUUGUUAUCCUGGACAUAAUUGGAGCUGGAACUGAGACAUCUUCAACUAUGGCAGAAUGGGCAAUGUCGGAAAUGAUGAAAAAUCCUAGAGUCCUGGAAAAAGCACAAGCUGAGGUGAGACGAGUCUAUGAUGGAACAGGGGAUGUCAAUGAAUCAUAUCUCCAUGAACUGAAAUACUUGAAGUUAGUUAUCAAGGAAACUCUAAGAUUACACCCUCCUCUACCUGUGUUACUUCCAAGACAAAAUACUGAGAGAUGUGAGAUUAAUGGAUAUGAGAUACCAGCCAAGACCAAAGUGAUUGUUAAUGCUUGGGCAAUUGGAAGAGAUUCCAACUACUGA